GCCGUGCGCUGCGGCGGGGGCGGCUCCGCUCGGCUCCGCUCCCGCCCCCGCCGCCGCCGCCGCCGCCCCGCUGCCAUCGGCGGCUCCCGGCGCCGCCGCUCGCUGCUCGCUCCCGGGCCCGCCGCAACGCGGGGCUGGCGGGGAGAGCCACCCCCCCCGCCGCCCCCGCCGCCCGCGCCGCUCCCCUGCCCGGUUCGCCGGCCCCGGGCGGGGGGGAGCGGCGGAGCCCGCCGCCCGCCGGGUGCAUGGACAGGAGCUCCCUGCUCCAGCUCAUCCAGGAGCAGCUCGACCCCGAAAACACCGGCUUCAUCGGGGUGGAGACGUUCGCCAGCCUCGUGCACAGCCAUGAGCUGCCCCUGGACCCCGCCAAGCUGGACAUGCUGGUGGCCCUGGCGCAGGGCAACGACGAGGGGCAGGUCUGCUAUCAGGAGCUGGUAGACCUGAUCAGCAGCAAGCGCUCGAGCAGCUUCAAGCGCGCCAUCGCCAACGGGCAGCGAGCCCUGCCCCGCGACGUGCUGCUGGACGAGACCGGCCUGGGCUUCUACAAGCGUUUCGUCCGCUACGUGGCCUACGAGAUCCUGCCCUGUGAGAUGGACCGGCGCUGGUACUUCUACCAGCACCGCACGUGUCCGCCCCCCGUCUUCAUGGCGGCCGUCACCCUCACCCAGAUCAUCGUGUUCCUCUGCUACGGGGCCCGGCUGAACAAGUGGGUGCUGCAGACCUACCACCCCGAGUACAUGAAGAGCCCGCUGGUCUACCACCCCGGGCACCGGGCGCGCGCCUGGCGCUUCCUCACCUACAUGUUCAUGCACGUGGGGCUGGAGCAGCUGGGGUUCAACGCCCUCCUGCAGCUGAUGAUCGGGGUGCCCCUGGAGAUGGUGCACGGCAUCCUGCGCAUCAGCUUCCUCUACCUGGCCGGCGUCCUGGCAGGCUCCCUCACCGUCUCCAUCACGGACAUGCGGGCCCCCCUGGUCGGGGGCUCGGGGGGUGUCUACGCACUCUGCUCAGCCCACCUCGCCAACGUCGUCAUGAACUGGGCCGGGAUGCGCUGCCCCUACAAGCUGCUGCGCAUGGUGCUGGCACUGGUGUGCAUGAGCUCGGAGGUGGGUCGCGCCGUCUGGCUCCGCUUCUCCCCGCCGCUGCCGGCCUCGGGCCCCCAGCCCAGCUUCAUGGCCCACUUGGCGGGGGCCAUCGUGGGCAUCAGCAUGGGGCUGACCAUCCUGCGCAGCUACGAGGAGAGCCUGCAGGACCAGUGCGGCUGGUGGGUCCUGCUCCUCUCCUACGGCACCUUCCUCCUCUUCGCCGUCUUCUGGAACAUCUUCGCCUACGACCUGCUGGGGGCACAGAUCCCCCCCCCGCCAUAGACUCUCCCCCCCCCCACAUACUCUCCCAGCCCGUAUUAUUUUUUUUGUCGAUCGCUGGCUGAACCCCAGCGGAGGGGGGGGGUUCCCCGCGCGUGACAUGGGGUCAGGCCACCCCCCUGCCCGCCUGCCCCCUCGGUGCUAGCGAGCGCGCCUCCCCCCCCCCAUGGGCUGCGUCCCCACCCCCCCCCCCCCCCCGAAUGUACCCCAGCAAACCCCCGCUGUGCCCCCCCCCACCCCCAAAGGAUGCUUCAGCCCUGCCCUGGCAUCGCCACCCCGGGGUGCCCACGGGGCUCCGGAUGUGCCCCCCUGGAAAGGAGCCAAGUGGGGGGGACUCCCCCCCCCCCCAAACUUGCUCCUGUAACCCCCCUUCCCGGGGUGUGGCGGGGCAACUCGCUGCCCCCCCCCCAGGACCUGCACUUUCACACGAAGGACUGGUGCCAAAACAGGAGCGAUUUAUUUUUCUAUGCCAAAAUAAAUAUAAAGAAAAGAGAGACAAGAGUAACCUGGGGAGAGCCCAGCAGGAAGGCGAAUCAGCUGAGACCGGCACAACUCGUGUCGGCAGUGCCCUUGGCGGCGCAGCCCCCCCUCUCUCCCCCCGCCCCCCGCUUUGCUGCCAGCCGCCCUCCCCGCAGAGAGGGGGGGUUCGCCCCGGGAUGGGGGCGCGGGGCGGCGGGGGGGGAUCCCUGCUCCGACACCCCCUCUCCCGACCUUUUUGGAGUAUAAAUAAAUA